AUGUAUGAGUUUGAGUGUGAAUGUGGACGUGGAUGUGUGAGAGUGGAUGUGGAUGUGGAUGUGGAUGUGGAUGUGGAUGUGGAUGUAGAUGUAAAUGUAGAUGUAUGAGU